CGUCUGCCUGAUGAUGCAGGAGACCAACCUGGCAGACAUCUUUCCUACCCAAUCACCCACAAUGUCUGCUGACUGUGAGGCAGUGCCUGCCCAACCACUGCCCACUGGUACCCUGCCUGCCACCUCUCCCAUAACUGCUACUGGCACUCCCCCAGAGUGUCAUGGGCCCUCAGAUAUCAGUUAUGAAGGGAGAGUGUCUGCCUUAACUCCUCUAGGAGGCUACGAAGGCAGUGCGAGAACUGCAAUGGAGCUGGACCAAGCUCACAUGACUAGCAUCAACGACGCUAGUCAUGUGAGAAAGAGUUAUCUUCAGGAGAACAGCGUGGUGAAAGAAGAGCCAAUGAACAUAUCCAUUGAACAUGAUAUGGAAGAUACAUCAGGGAUUAAAAUCAUUCCUCACUUUGAAGAACAUACUAUAAUAAAGGAACAUUGCAACAGGCCUACUGACCCAUACACGGCAGGUCCCCAGUCCAAUUUCCCCGCAGACAAUGUUUACACCCCCAGACAGUUGUCCCCUACAGCAGGACAUUCACAGGAGGGAACUAUCAAGGAGUCAAAACAGGUUGAAAAAUGUCAAAGCAACCCUCAGGAACGUAAGGUUGGUGAUCGCCUAAACGACUCCGAUACUCUGCUUUGCUUCGCUCCACCUGACCACAGUGAUCCAAUGAGAUCCCCCAUUGAAAAGGCUGGAGAAUCACCGGAUCUUCCCACAAACUCUGCUCGAACUCCAUCUGGUGAAGAGCCGGACCAGUCAUUCAAUGUUUAUGAUCAUUCAUAUGGGAAAGUUGAGAGCAUAGAGAGAAUGUCUCCAUAUGAUGAAAUAUAUCAGGAGAAUGAACAACACUUGCCAUCCAGCAUAGAACCUGAUAGUGAUGACACAACAGAGUCCUCCAUGAUGCACAGUGAUAUGGAUCAUCUCUCCCGCCUGCAGUAUGUCAUGAAGUUAUCAGGAGUCAUGUCGGGGAAUGAAGGGGAGGCAGGAGACAAGUCUCAGGUGUUUCAGUGUCAUAUUUGUUCGUAUUCUGGUACUUCUCGUUUCCACUUCAGCGUUCAUGUCAACACUCACUACGACCACAAGUGCGCCAAGUGUGACUUCACCGCUCACACAGAGUCCAAGAUGAGAGAACACAUGCAGGAGGAACAUGAUAUAAAACUCGACUCAAACGAAGACCUGGAGAGCAUCCGGGUGCCACGAGUCAAUUCACAGGGAAAAGUGAAAACUUUUAAGUGUAAACAGUGUGAGUAUGUGGCCAUUACCAAGAGUGACUUCUGGGAGCAUGCCCGAUCACACAUCAAGAGUGAGAAACUUCUAGCCUGUUCCAAAUGUCCCUUCGUUACAGAAUAUAAACAUCACCUGGAAUAUCACCUCAGGAACCAUUUUGGGUCGAAACCUUUUAAAUGUAACAAGUGUAAAUACUCCUGUGUGAAUAAAUCAAUGCUGAACUCUCACAUGAAAUCCCAUAGUAAUAUAUAUCAAUAUCGGUGUUCAGACUGCACCUACGCCACUAAAUAUUGUCAUUCUCUUAAGCUUCACCUACGUAAGUACGGUCAUAACCCAGCCAUGGUGCUCAACCCUGAUGGAACACCAAACCCCAUUCCCAUUAUUGAUGUUUAUGGAACACGAAGGGGACCCAAGCUGAAGAAAGAUGACAAAGGGAUGCCAAUUCUUCCUCCAAAUUAUCAGAAUCAUGCUCAAAUCUUGAAGGCACAGAUGCAUGUCACCAGAAAAAUUCCUUCAUCACCCACCUCACCCCUGGACAGUCCCCAGGUACCAGGAGUGAGACAACCAGGUUCUGUCCCACCACUGUCAUGCACCAGGCCUCCAUACUCACUGUUUUCCUACACUUAUCCAAACAUGAUUGAGAACCUGCAAAGCACUUCACCAAUCUUGUCUCAUACUCUUGAAAAAUCCUCUGAGGACCUGCCUCAUUCACUAGAAGACCACGAGCACUUACGAGAACUCUUACUGGAACGAGAACGAGCAGCGUGUAUAAAUCCUUUAUCUCCUGAGGAUAUCCUGAGAUGUUCAAUAUGUGACUUCAUCACAGACCGUAGAGAGCUAUUUUCACAACAUAUGAUGGUUCAUGAACGACGAGAGGAUAGGAAUGACACUCUUGGUUCCCCGCAAACCAACGAACAUUCCAUGACUCCAGAACGUCGAUCUUCUUCACCAGUACGCCCACCCAUGUUACCUCACCAGCGGUUGCCAUUCACUAACACCGAGAUGGGUCCAAUGUACUCACCCUUAGCUGCGGCUCACAAUCUAAAGGAAUAUCUCACCCAUAUGAACCCCUUUAUUUACCAGCAUAUAGUGAGUAGACAGAUUCACCCGGCAUUUGGCCUGCAGCAGCACCUGCAACACUUUGUUCAACCAGCUCUUCAAGAUCCUCAACCCUUCCCGCCCCAGGAGGAACCCCGCCAACCCUCACCUCAAUCUUCCAUUGUGCAGAUCCUCUCACCUAACAAUGACGGGGUCCUGGAUUUGAGUAAGGAACAAACACUGCUCCAGCAGACCAGCAUGGCUAGUGAGCUCACACCACCUCAACAAAUUCGAGACACGAGUCAGGAACCUCCGCCUCUCCAUCAGAGGAAUGAAUCUCGUUCCUCUCUCUCUCCUGAUCACCUGUCUCCCCCGCUCUCAGAGACAUCAACUCCACCUUUGAAAAAUCGCCGUAAGGGUCGUGCUUUCAAGUUAGAACGUAUCACCCUGCGUCUUAGUGAAAGUGCUGAAGGUGAGAGUAGUGGACAUGAUGAAGACAUAAGAAAGGAGAGAGAGGAGAGCCAUAGUAAGACAUGCGAGAACCGCAUGCCUUCACUCGUGCCUCUAGCACAACAUGGUGCCACACAAGAGACCUGGCGGGCUGCCCACCACUGCCAGUUUUGUGACAUGGCUUUCAAAGAUGUGGUAAUGUACACCAUGCACAUGGGUUACCAUGGCUACCACAACCCAUUCACUUGCAACAAGUGUGGCCACCAAGCCAUGGACAAAGUGGCUUUCUUCCUGCAUGUAGCACGUUCCUCACACUCCUGAAGUCUGAUAUUAUUAUUACCACAAUCAUGACUAAGUGUAAUUGAUACCUGCACAGGUACAGGUAGAUUUGCCAGGACAGGUCCUGGCCCAGGUCUUCUCCAUGUGGUGACCCAGCAUUGAUACCUGUGUACAGCUGCACUGAACUUCAGUUACCUCACAUACAUGAAAUGUGGCUCGCUGUUCUCUUUAACUGGUGCUUGUCUCAAUAUUGUUCUCUUAAGAAAAACAUAAGGGGCACUACUACAGGUCCAAGUCACACCCGCUUCAAGGAGCACUGCUACAGGUUUACUGGCCCAAGCUAAGCAGACUCUUGCAAGUGUCAAGUGAAUGAGCAUCACUUAAAUCUCAGUUCCCAAGUGGUGGUGAACUUAAUGUAUUGGUUAUGACUAAA